UAACUUAUACAUAAGAGAACUAAUCAAUUUACUCAGAAUUGUUUAUGUCAAUAAUGCGUGUCCUAUUCUAUUUUAAAAGACGUAUUGUUAAAAAUCAUGUCCGUAUUAAAGGUGUUUAAUAUCUAGUAGUAAGGUUUAGGCGACCAUUAAGGAAAAGGUUUUGGUUGAGAUAGGAAGCAGAAAAAGAAGGCAAAGGUUGGUUUGUCAUAAACUUUUAGAUUUCAGCGAAGAAAGUUCAACAGCUUUUAACGUCAGCACAAUUUUUAAAAAAAGAUAAAUAUAUAUUUAGAUACAAAUAUUUAUAUAUGAAAUCUGUUUCACGGUUGAACAACAUUAAACGUUGAAAGAAUCUCAGAACGGAAAAUAUAAUUACAUAUAUAUUUACAAAAAAUCACGUUACACGGAAACAACGAACAAACGCACUAAUAAACAUUAUAUGUAGAAACAGAAGAAACGUUCUGUUAAGAGCAUUUUUGAAGAAAGAACGUCAACGCGGAUAUUAUAGUCAUGGCAACGGCAGUACCUCCAACAGGAUCUUCUCACCAUGCAUUGAUUGCAAACAAUGAAUAUCAAAUUAAAUUGGUCACGCUUCUCAAUGAAUGUUGUGACCACUUACGUGAAAUUUUACAUGAUCCUGCCCGUGGCAACAUGCCAAGGGAUAAGAAACAAUUAUAUCUGUCAUUAAAACAAUAUAAGAAACAUUUAAACCAUUUGAAAAGAGAUCAGCUGGAAAUCGUUUUUCCACAAGAUAAGGAAACAGAUUCGGGAUUGUUUGACAUCACUAUUUUAUGUGACGUUCUAAUUAAUUGUUGUCACGGUAUACAAGCACCAAUUGGUGGAUGGAGGACCAGAACACCGCAACCAAAUGAUUUCAGUGUCGGUGCUGACAUCAUUCGAAUCAGAAAUGAGCGAAAUAUUGUUAUGCAUGGAAGAGCAAUGACUUCAGCACAAUAUAAUCGGUUGUGGAACGCCAUAGAAGGUAUAUUAAGAAGACUCGGAUAUGACAUAACGAAAAUUAGAGAUUUGAAGUCUGGUUGUUUAAAAGACUUGGACUUAUUUAAGAUUGAAAUUAUGAAAGCAGUUACUGAAAUUUUAAAUUUCAAUGUUAACAAAAACCAAGACAAUAUAAAACAAAAUCAAGAUGACAUCAAAGCAAAUAAAGACAGUAUUCAUCAAAACGAAGAUGGUAUUAAACAAAAUCAAGAUGACAUCGAAGCAAAUAAAGACAGUAUUCAGCGAAACGAAGAUGGUAUUAAACAAAAUCAAGAUGACAUCAAAGCAAAUAAAGACAAUAUUCAGCAAAACGAAGAUGGUAUUAAACAAAAUCAAGAUGACAUCAAAGCAAAUAAAGACAGUAUUCAUCAAAACGAAGAUGGUAUUAAACAAAAUCAAGAUGACAUCAAAGCAAAUAAAGACAGUAUUCAGCAAAACGAAGAUGGUAUUACACAAAAUCAAGAUGACAUCAAAGCAAAUAAAGACAAUAUUCAUCAAAACGAAGAUGGUAUUAAACAAAAUCAAGAUGACAUCAAAGCAAAUAAAGACAAUAUUCAUCAAAACGAAGAUGGUAUUAAACAAAAUCAAGAUGACAUCAAAGCAAAUAAAGACAAUAUUCAGCAAAACAAAGAUGGUAUUAAAGAGAAUAAAGAGAAUUAUAAGCGAUUAGCAGCCGAAGUGGAAAUAGUAAAGCAAACUAAUUCUUCAUCAUCAUGUGAUCAGAAGAGUUCUCAGUUGGAAGAAACUAUAAAAGAACAACCCAGUUAUAUACUAUUAAAAAAUUUCCGAGGAGAUUUUCUAAUACAAUUUGAGGAUGGCUGCUCCCACUGGUCUAUGAAAAGUGUACAAGUCAUCAUUACUGAAAAUUUUGCGAUACAAUCAAAAGAACUUCAUGUCGACAACGAUUACAUUGUGGAAGAAGAAGAAGGGAAACUAAUCCUGAUUAUUUACAAUCACAUUGCCGAAUCUAUUAAUGGGUUAUCAGUUACGUUAGUUGACAGUGAAAGUAAAACUCAUUUGAUUCCAAUUAAAAAUAUUGCACUGGUCCGAGCACAUAUGUGUACAACCAGCUAUUUUGAUGUUAGAACCCACAACAGUGGAAGAAUAUCUGAACAUAUAAAAUGCAUUGUAAAAGCAGAAAUAGAAGAAGAAGAUAUUGAAUUUAUAUGUGGAGGUAGUCUACAAACAAUGGAGCCUAAGGAGUACGAAGCACUUGGAAAGGAAUACAUCCAACGUUAUUUCACCGUGAAUGAAGAAUGCAUGGAAGAACCACUCCAAAUUCCACCCCCAAUGCCAAAAGUCACACAUUCCUUAUUUGCACAAAAGAUAAAGUAUGUUAUAAUCGAAUUACAACCUCGUUUGUUUACAAUAUUUACUCAUUAUAACACAAAGGAACAUAUUCGAUUUCUAAAACUGGAUAAAGAAUUUUCUUUGAGUUUGGAAAGCACAAUUACUGAUAACAAAAGAAUUCUACUUGUGUUGCCAAAUUAUAUCGUCAACAUUAGAUACACAGAAACAACCGACGCAGUAAGAAUACAAGAUGAAGUCAAAGCGGGCGAAGAAGACUUGAAGGAGCUAUCUAUCAUCACUAAAAAAUAUCUUAAAAAUGGUCACCUGACAAUGGUUAAUGUUGUAGCUGCACCACAUUUCAAAGAUAUCGAAAAUAUCCACCUUUGUGUAGACUGCAACUUACUCUCCAAAAAAACUUUGGCUGAGGAUAGAAGUAUGACGAAGUUCUUUUCAAAUAUUUUGCAAAGCUCACAAGUACAAAAUAAUGUUCAGGACAACAAGGAACGGUAUAUCAACAUGGUUGGUAAAGUCAUGUGUUUCAUGGCUACAAGAAAAGCACUCUAUUCUGUUCCUUCACUCAGUAAAAACGUCCACGAACAAAUAAGCUCGUUAAUACUUUCUCCACAGCAACUCCGUCAUUUAUACAACAACUCUUUAAAAAAAAUUAUAAUCGGUCCUCUAGGCAGUGGAAAGACAGUGCUAGCUUUAGCACAUUUGGAAAUAGCUUACGAGCGCUCUGAGAAUAGAUCAGUCAUAUACUACGUUAUUUGGGACGGCAACACAUUGCUUAAACGGGAUAUUGUCAAUCAUACUAAAAGAUUUAAUUUCAAAGCCGCUGUCGAAGUUGUUGUAAAGGAUAAUGUCGAGUUAGCUAAGGAUUUGAAAAUGAAUGAAGUGCCAACACCAUACCAGUUAUUAGAGUCAUUGGUUAAGAAACAUGUUGACCAAAACCUGCAUCUAAUAAUUGAUGAAUUAAAUGGAGAGUUAUUUAACAAGGAAGAAUCAUCUUUGCUUAAACACUAUCUGGAAACUGAAGACAAAUUAAAUAACUCUUUCAUCAUCUUUUUCCCACAAUCCAUUGAGAAACAUAGAACAUUAAUUUCACACCAAAGAGUCACAAUACAUGACAAGUACAAGUAUGAAGAAACAGGAAUGAAAGUUUUAAAACUGAACAGAGCAAUGAGAACAACACGGAUAAUCUUUCAGUUUUUAAAGGCUUUUGAAAAUGAAGUAGAACAAAACAAGGUAACAAUGAAGCUUCCCGAUCAGCAAUCAAAAGAAGGAUUGUCCACCAAACAACCACAACAGCAGCAAGAGCCACAACGGCGACAACAACAACAACAGCAGCAGCGACAGCAGCAACCACCACCACCACCACCACCACCACAACAACAACAAGGACAAACUACCAGUAGCAAUGUCACGCCGAUAAUAAAAGGAGAAGAAGAAAGUUUUGAAACACCGGUUGAUAUUGAUGUCGUUGCAGCUUCAAUACAAGAUGGGGAUCUUUCGGGUAAUGUUAGAAUUGACACUUCAUUAAAAUUUAAUACAGCGUAUUCAAUCGGUCAUAAUAUCGAAGGAACAAAACCGUUAUUGAUACAUCCGGCAAAUACUCCAACAACAGACAAAGAGUUUAUACCGAUGUUAGCGCUUGUUUUACAAGAUGUAUGUUUACAUCAUGCCACUAAACGUUUGUUCAUAUAUAACACAUUCCCUCAAAAGGAUAUUUUUUACAGAUUACUAAAACUGUUAAAAAUUGAUUUUCUUCACUAUGACAAGUACACUGACUGGAAAGUUUUAAAUGGUGAUGAUAUCAUAGUUAAAAAUCCCUUGCAGAGCCAAAAUUAUAACCUGCUCACUACUAUUGAGGGAAGUCGUGGAGUUGAAGCAGCCGAAUGCAUCUGUAUAAUUGAAAGCAAUGAUUGCAAGUUAAAACAUUUGACAUUAGAAGCAAUGUCCAGAGCGACACAAAAUCUAGUCCUUGUUUCAACGUCCAACGUUUACCAAUCAGGUACAGUAAAAUCAUCAACUGGUCAUAUCAUCAGUAAACUGUUAACUGAACAUCUGGUUGAAUACAAUCUAGAAGUCUCAAACGAUGAAGAUACGGAAAUACCGUUCAAAAAGUCUAUGAAAAGUAACAAUAAAAUAGUUUUUAACAUUAAACCACAAUAUUGGAAAUUCAAAGAAAUGAUAAAAGAUUUGGAACAUGUUGGUUUUCAGGCAACGGAUGAACUCCUAAAUGCGCAUGAGUUCGUUAUGAAAAACCUUUAUCCUCCUGGAAAAGUGAGCAAUAUAAUUUGCUCAUAUUUGUCAAGUACAUCAUGUAUAUUGAGAUGGCAACAGCACGCUAAUAAAUACACCGUUAGUAGACAAGAAAGUAAAAGUUUAACCUGGAAUAACUUAGCAACUAACAUUUCUUGCAAUCAAUACAUCGUUGAUGACAUGGAAAUUGGUGAAUCGUGCAAGUUUUGUGUUGUUGCUAAAAAUCAUCUUGGUGUAUCUGAUGACAGCACUGUGUCUUAUCGUCACGAACUUCCAAACGUCAUGGGUGUCCAAUUUAAAGAUAUCGUGGAAAUUAUUAAAUCUAACGAUAUCGAGAAACUGAAAAAAUUACUAUCCAUUCAUCCAAACAUCGUUCACAUGAGAGGUGAAGAUGAUUACACACCAUUGAUGUGGACAGUAUGGAUCACCGACAAUACAUCAAUGGUGGAAAUACUCAUCUCAUAUGGGAGUGAUGUUUGGGCGGAAGAUAGUGUGAAACAAAACAGUUAUCAUUACGCUGCAAUGCAUGAUCGUCACACAAUAUUAGAUAUGUUAUGUCGACAUGAUGUAACAAACAUCAACCGUGGAAAUGUUAACAACCGCACACCAUUACAUUUUGCUGCAGUGUUUGGUCACAUCUCAUGUGUUGAUGUUUUGUUGCGUCAUGAAAAUAUUGAUGUGACGAUCGAAGAUGAAGAUGGAUAUACAGCUUAUGAUUAUGCUGGAGGAUGGAUGAAUGAACAAAACCGGGAAAUAAUAAGACGAAAAAUAAAAGAAUACGAAGACAGGACGAAGUAAAUAUUUCAAAUGAUUUUGUUUUGAAAAACAACAAUCAGUUUGUGAGAUGAGGAACGAGUCCAUUUUUUAGUUUUAUUUUAUAUUGUAAUGAAUUUAUUUGUAGUAAAACGUACUGAAACAUUUUUCUGUUCGAUUUUUAUCAAGCCUUGUUUCGUUUAUAUUUCAUUCAGGAAGCGACACAUGUCAAAGGUCACGUGUUUUUUUAAACUGUCUCAAACUUGCCGCAUGGUGCAAUGUAGAGUGAAUCUUUUUUAUUACAAACGUCAACUGAUAUACUUUCUCAACCUCGUCCCCAAGUCUUGUUAGGCCUUUAUAUUUUGAAGGCCCUGGUUGGUCACGUGACGACAGAAUACCCACGUAUAGUGGGUAUUUUGAAAAUAAUUAUUUGUCUCGCUCUUCCAAAAUAUACACAAGCAGUCGAGAAAAAAAUAAAAGAACUGACACAAUUAUUUAGAAUGGUUAAAAUAAUAUUAAUAAGAAAAAAAUUAUAUAUAUUUUUAUAUAAAUAUUUUUAUAUUGUAAAAAUUAUUUUUAUUUAUUUAUAAUAACAUUGUUUAAUGUAUAAAAGAACUGUUAAUAAAUAUUGUAUAAUAUAUUAAACAUUCACACUUG